CAUGCAUUGUGGGGUGCUUUGUCAUUUUGAAACGUUCCCUGAAUAUUUCUGUCCCUGUGUUGGUGGUGCUAAAUAUGUGUAUGCGACCAAUAACAUUCGAUUUGAUUUGAUGUAUUAAUGGAUAUUGGAGACAUUCUGCGUUGGUAUCCUUCCUCAACAUAGUGUUGGAAUAUAUCCAUUAUAGCCUGAGCCUGUGAUAACUGAGAGCUUGACCAGUAUCUUUCUUCGGCUGUCAAGGGAGCACUGCAUGCAACCCUGGAAAGACUGCACAGCUGGGAUCCACAGACAGAGAGAAUGAAUUAAGACAGAAUGAAAAGACUCGUGAGUAUUUUGUCUGCACAUAUAGCCUAAGCCUUCUGGUCAUUUGAAGGUGACGCUUAACCCUCUACACCGAUUAUAGCCCACUCUUGGGUUUCAUUGUGUGAUUUGCAGGGGUGCCCGAAAAAGAUCCUUAUCUUCAAACAGGACACUGAAAUGUAGUCUAUAAAAAAAGCACUGCACCUGCAGGUACCAUAUUUCGCUUUUACUUCAAACCUUUAUUGGAAAGGUUUGAACUGGUCUGGACGCAUUCACUGGAAGAUAACGGGGAUGCCACGGUUACGCGCAGAAGCCGCUCGAGGAAGAGACAGGUGCGGCAGAGGGGAUUGGUAGCUUAAUAGCCGAUUCUCAUCCAAGCGUUGUGAUUACCAAGACCCAGAGAGAGCUUGGUGCCCUGCUACACCCUUUGUGUUGAUUUCAGACGUGGAGGAAAACCUGUCUGCAUACGAGAGGACGACUGGCAACAGACCAGACAUCGCCUGCAUACCUGUCCAUCUCGCACAGUGAAUGUGCCCGUGCUGUGCUGCCAUGACAACCAUGGCCCCUCCCCUCACGUUUCUCCUCCUUCUCCUCCGAUUGGCUCACAGUUCUUUCCCAGAGGAGCCCGGUCCGCUCAGCUACGCUCCCUUAGAGGUGGUGAGGAGGUAUCCUGUGUUUGUGGGUAGAGCUCAUCGUUCCUCUCAGAGACAGGAGCUGCACAUUCAGACAGUGCUCCAGGUCAACCGCACUCUCUACAUAGGAGCCAGAGAUGAUCUAUACAGAGUGGAGCUGGACAAUAUGUCAGGGGAUGAAAUCUUCUACAGCAAGAAGCGGACGUGGGAAUCCAAUAAGAAUGACAUUCGAGUCUGCAGGAUGAAGGGCAAACAUGAGGAGGAGUGUCGUAACUUCAUCAAGGUGUUGUUGAGUCAACAUGAAGGACUGUUUGUGUGUGGAACCAAUGCCUUCAACCCUUUGUGUGCCAACUACACUAGAGACUCUUUGGAGAUGGUGGGAGAGACGGUCAGUGGGAUGGCUCGGUGCCCGUAUGACCCCAGACACGCCAACGUGGCUCUGUUUGCAGAGGGCAGUCUCUUCACUGGUACUGUAACAGACUUCCUGGCGAUUGAUGCUGUGAUCUAUCGUAGCCUAGGCGACAGCCCCGCUCUCCGCACCGUCAAACACGACUCCAAAUGGUUCAGAGAGCCCUUCUUUGUGAGUGCAGUUGAGUGGGGGCCUCACGUCUACUUCUUCUUCAGAGAAAUGGCCAUGGAGUUCCAUCACCUGGAAAAGGUGAUGGUAUCUCGUGUGGCGCGGGUGUGCAAAGGGGACAUGGGUGGCUCUCAGAGGGUGUUGGAGAAACAGUGGACAUCGUUCCUGAAGGCCAGACUGAACUGUUCUGUCCCAGGAGACUCCCACUUCUAUUUCAACCUGCUCCACGCCACCAGCCCCAUACUCAACAUGAACGGCAGAGACGUCAUACUGGGACUGUUCUCUACACCGCCCAACAGUAUCCCGGGGUCUGCAGUGUGUGUGUUUGACAUGCAGCAGUUGGCCAGGGUGUUUGAGGGAAGAUUCAAGGAGCAGAAAUCUCCAGAAUCCAUCUGGACACCCGUGCCUGAUGAGCUUGUGCCCAAACCCAGGCCGGGUGGCUGUGCGGUACAGGGGUCUCCGUUCAGUUCGUCUAAAUCUCUGCCGGAUGAAGUGCUGAACUUUGUAAAGACUCAUCCCUUGAUGGACGAGACCAUACCCUUGGUUGGGCACAGACCUUGGGUCGUCAAGACUAUGGGCAGGUACCAGUUGACAGCAAUGGUGGUGGACACAGAGGCUGGUCCCCAUAGGAACCAUACAGUGUUGUUCCUGGGCUCCACACGAGGGACCGUCCUGAAAUUCCUCAUCCUCCCCAGCGGAGAAAACUCUCCCACACACAGCAGUGUGUUUCUGGAGGAGGUGGAGGGAUUCAACCCUGAGAAGUGUGGAGAGGACUCUGUCCAGGCCAGACAGUUGUUGUUUCUGUCUCUGGAUCGUCCAAGUCACACUCUGCUGCUGGCCUUCCCUUCCUGUCUGGUCAGACUGCCCACAGCACGCUGCCACCUACACUCACGCUGCAUGAAGAGCUGUCUGACCUCCAGAGAUCCCUACUGUGGCUGGACCAGAGGCAGCACCUGCUCCUUCCUCAGACCAGGCACACGGCUUCCUUUUCAUCAAGACAGUGAGUACGGCAACUUCUCCCAUCUUGGAGACUGUGAUGGUGUCAUACAGCAGAGUCUGCUGAUCGAGCCGGAGAGCCUGGUCUCCCUCAACCUGCUGGUGGCAUCUGCAGUCUCAGCCUUCACCAUCGGUGCGGCGCUCUCGGGCCUGGCUGUCUGCUGGAUUAUGGCCCACAAGCCUGGCAACCGUCGCCACGGCAACAACACCCCCCAGUCCACUAUCCAGCGCCAGGAGAGGGGGAUGUUGACAUCAGGAGGAGGGAUGGGGGGAUCGGUCCUCAGUGUGACCCGUCAGGGAGGAGGGGAUAGACCCUGCUCUCAGGGCGGGGAGACCCUGUUUGUGAUGCCCAACGGCUGGGGGAAGUCAGGGGAGCUGGACCCAGGGUUCCUGCCUACUCCGGAGCACACGCCUCAGCAGAAAAGACGCGGGCUCAGGCUGUCCGAUUCUGGAUCAGGGGGGUGGGAUAACAGCCAGACCUACCUGGGAGGGAGUACCAUGGGGCUGGCGUCUCCCUGCCCUCUCCCUUGCCCCCCACACCCCUCCACCGCCGUCUACCUGACCACCAGACUAUUUCAGGGGGGAGGAGGAGGGAGGCAUGGGGGUGAGGAGCGAGGAAGAGGAGGGGAGACGCCUCGCCAGCACUACGUGUGCCUGAGCAAGCCCCGGGGGGAAAAGGGCAGAAGUGGGACACCAAAGUCUGCGCUUCGUAAGUCGGCAGGGGAGUACGUGUACCCCAUGACCCCCCAGGAUUCUCCGGAUAGGAGGAGGGUGGUGUCAGCCCCCAGCGCCCCUAUGGAGUUUGGGGAGCCCCUGCCACUCCGCUGGCCUCCCCAGGAAGGCUACAUCCUCAGCAGCCAGGGCAUGGUCCCUGUACCUCCAUCCUCCAUGCCCACCCCCAAAGGCCAGCAGUAUGUGGCCCAGCACCACACCCCCGGGCCGGGCAGGUCUCAGCUGAGAGGGGCCUUGGGGAGAGGAGAGCUGGGGGAGCUGGUGGAUCUCAGCCAGCUGCUGAGUAAGAAGAGUUCCAAUGAGAGGACUCACAACGGGCAGUGAUCAAGCAGGGAAACCAUGUCUCUUUCUACAUCGUUCUCUUUCUGUCUGUUCUACCUUUUCUCUCCCUCUCUCUUUCUCUCUGACCUCUUUCUCUGUCAUUGUCAUUUAGUCCUCCCGAUAUCUCUGUAUCUCGCUGGCGGACUCCUGAGGCUGUUCUCGCUGGCGGACUCCUGAGGCUGUUCUCGCUGGCAGACUCCUGAGGCUGUUCUCGCUGGCAGACUCC